ACCAUUCCCCUCCUUAGUAAGCUUGUCCCAAGCUUUGUACUUAAGGGGUUUAGUGGCCGCCGAAGGAAAAAUAAAGAUGUCUUCAGUUUCUUCUUUCCGUCGCAAACGUCUUGCUUCCGAGAUCGAGGAGUCCGGGAGCGUCACUAUCCUUGGCUGUGAACACUGCCUAAUUCGCGGACUGACCUGUGUCGCCAUGUCUUCGUCGAAAAGUGUCAAAUGUGCAAACUGCGCACGUAAAGGAAUAAAAUGCGUCGACGUGUCAUGGGAGGUUCUGGAUAAAACCAGAGAGGAAGCCAAGUCUGCCAUAGAGGAAAAUCUCGAGGAAUUGUCCAAACUAAACGCUAUGCAACAAAAACUUCUUGCUCAACUUUCUCGAAAUCGGAAAAUUCUGAAGAUAGCCGAAAGUCGUGCGAAAGCAAAAGCGAUUUGUUUAAUGGAUGAGCUGGAAGAGGAAGAAGAAGCUGAACGAGUGAGAAAUGGUGGUCACUCUGAUGGUGAGCUUCGUGAGCUUGCAGAUAAUCUCGCCGUCUUUAACCAGACCAUCGAAACCCGAGAGGUUUCGAAUGCAUCGGAUUCUCAUGAUGGAAUCGCGAUAAUUCAAGCGGACAGUUGAGGUUCUUGUACGGUUCCCAAGUGUUUUCUUCCAGAUCUUCUCAACCUCGUAUUCCUGCUCGGUAGGGUCUUCUAAUUCGGUUUCUUUGUCAAGAGGUGUUUCCGGAUCCGCUUUUUCUAAUAACGAAACAUGAAAGAUAGGGUGUAUCCUCAUGCUCUUGGGUAGUUGCAGUUCAUAAUUUACUGGUCCUAUGAUCCUUUUGACUUUAAAUGGUCCGAUUUUGAGAAAAUCAAGUUUACUAUUUUGGCGCUUGGUGCGAAUGUUUCGUCGCCAAAGGUAAACUUUAUCCCCCUCCUUAAGGUCUGGUCCCUCAGACCUUUUUUGAUUUACCUGGAGGAUCAUUUUUUUGUUCAGGAACAUAAUAUCAGAUUGUAGUUGAGUAUAAAGCGAUUGCAAUUCUUCUGCAAACA